UUUUCCAAUUAUUUAAAUUAUUAAUUUUACAAUUUUACAAUAAAGAUUUCGCUUUCCGUGAAUUAAAUUUAAAAAAAAAGAAAACUUCGAAAUCAUGCAUUUAAAUCACAUUUUCGGACAAUAGACUCUGAAAAGGGGUAUAUACUAAAGAGUUAAAAUAGCCAAUAAGAAUGCUUUUAUUCAAGGUUAUCGGGAAAGCAAAGCUUUCCAUGUCAAUUUCAAAACAUAGUUCUGGAUGUUUUCCGAGUAACUUUUGAACUGACUAAAUAAGAGUGCUCCAAAGUCUAGAAAAUGCUUUAUCUUAAAACUGUAGCAAGAACUCCUGUGUGGAUUUUGCCUGUCUUUACUAAUGGCUUUCUUAAUUAUUCUACUUCUGGAGAAGUUAUUGUCAAAGGAGUAAUUGCAAAAAAAAUUCCAGCAUUUGUUAAUUUAAAAAAAGAUAAAACUUACUCUUGGUGUUCCUGUGGUCUAAGUAAGAAGCAGCCUUUUUGUGAUGGUUCUCAUAAGGAUCAUCCUCAGAAGUUGCAACCUCUUCGAUUCAGAGCUUCUAAAGAUGGCACAGUCCUACUAUGUAGAUGCAAACAAACUAACAACAGGCCUUAUUGUGAUCUGUCGCAUAUUAAAACUUUUAUCCCAGAAAGUUUGAGAAAAAUCCUCAACAUCAAACUGUGAGAAUCAAAAACAGAUUUAUAAUUCAGGGAUUCUACUCACUUAACCAACUGUUAUGAUUAUUAAGUUUUUAUUAUGUCUUUCUUUUUUAUAUAUGUAUGUGUAAAGCAGCUGUUAGUAUUUUAUAAAAUAAAUAUUUACUGCAAUUGAA